GAAGACAGGCAAAAAGCAAGGCACUAAGACCACACCAAGCUGAGUAAAGCGAGUGGAAAUGAAGAACCUUCCAAUGCUGCUGUUGCUGUGUGUGGCAGUUUGCUCAGCCUAUCCACUGAAGGGAGCUGCCAGGGACGGGGAUGACAGCAUGGACCUUGUUCAGCACUACCUAGAAAACUACUACAACCUCGAAAAAGAUGUGAAAGUCUUUGCUAGAAUACAGGACAGUAGUCCUGUUGUCAGAAAAAUGCAAGAAAUGCAGAAGUUCCUGGGGUUGAAGGUCACUGGGAAGCUGAACUCCGACACUCUGGAGGUGAUGCAGAAGCCCAGGUGCGGCGUUCCUGAUGUUGGGCACUUCAAUACCUUUCCUGGCAUGCCAAGGUGGAGGAAAACUCACCUUACCUACAGGAUUGUGGAUUAUACACUGGAUUUGCCAAGAGAUGAUGUUGAUUCUGCCAUUGAGAAAGCUGUGAAAGUCUGGGAGAAGGUAACUCCACUUACAAUCUCCAGGAUUUAUGAAGGAGAGGCUGACAUAAUGAUCACUUUUGCAGUUAGAGAUCACGGAGACUUUUAUCCUUUUGAUGGACCUGGAAUGGUUUUGGCUCAUGCCUACCCACCCGGGCCGGGGAUUCAUGGAGAUGCCCACUUUGAUGAUGAUGAACAAUGGACAAAGGACACAUCAGGGACCAAUUUAUUCUACGUUGCUGCCCAUGAACUCGGCCAUUCCCUGGGUCUCCAGCACUCAGCCAAUGCUGAGGCUUUGAUGUACCCCAUCUACAACACACUCACAGACCUGGCCCCGUUCCGCCUUUCUCAAGAUGAUGUGAAUGGCAUUCAGUCCCUGUAUGGACCUCCCCCUACUUCCCCUGCUGACCCUGUGGUGCCCACAGAAUCUGUACCUCCUGAGACACCAGACAUGUGUGAUCCUACUUUGUCCUUCGAUGCAGUGAGCACUCUGAGGGGAGAAAUCCUGUUCUUUAAAGACAGAUAUUUUUGGCGCAGAUCCCUCUGGAAUCCCAAACCUGAAUUAGAAUUCAUUUCUACAUUUUGGCCCUUUCUUCCAACAAACUUGGAUGCUGCAUAUGAAGUUAAUAGCAAGGAUAUCGUUUUUAUUUUUAAAGGAAAUGAAUUCUGGGCCAUCAGAGGAACUGAGAUGCAAGCUGGUUAUCCAAGAGACAUCCACACCCUGGGUCUUCCUCCAACCAUAAGGAAAAUUGAUGCAGCUCUUUCUGAUGAGGAAAAUAAAACCUACUUCUUUGUAGAGGACAAAUACUGGAGAUUUGAUGAAAAUAGCCAGUCCAUGGAACAAGGCUUCCCCAGACUGAUAGGUGAUGACUUUCCAGGAGUUGAGCCGAAGGUUGAUGCUGCAUUACAUGCAUUUGGAUUUUUCUAUUUCUUCAGCGGAUCAUCAAAGUUUGAGUUCAACCCUAAUGAUCGGGUGGUGAAACGUGUAUUGAAAAGUAACAACUGGUUAUGUUAG